AUCUCCGCCAUUACCACUACGUUUCUCUUCUAAUAUUCUUUCAGUUCCUGAAUCAGUAAGCAUGGCCAAGAUUAAGAUUGGAAUCAACGGAUUCGGAAGAAUCGGCCGUUUGGUGGCAAGAGUUGCUCUACAGAGCGAUGAUGUUGAACUCGUCGCCGUUAAUGAUCCUUUCAUCACUACCGAUUACAUGAUUUACAUGUUCAAAUACGACAGUGUUCAUGGCCCAUGGAAAAAGCACGAGGUCAAAGUCAAGGAUUCCAAGACUCUUCUCAUUGGCGAAAAGCCUAUCACCGUUUUUGGCAUGAAAAACCCAGAAGAGAUCCCAUGGGGUGAAGCUGGAGCUGAAUAUGUUGUUGAAUCCACUGGAGUUUUCACUGAUAAGGACAAAGCUGCUGCUCAUUUGAAGGGAGGUGCAAAGAAGGUUGUGAUUUCUGCUCCAAGUGCAAAUGCUCCCAUGUUUGUCAUGGGUGUCAAUGAGAAAGAAUACAAGUCUGAUAUCACCAUUGUUUCUAAUGCUAGCUGCACAACUAACUGUCUUGCUCCACUCGCAAAGGUUAUUAAUGACAAAUUUGGUAUUGUUGAAGGCCUUAUGACCACUGUUCACUCCAUCACAGCAACCCAGAAGACUGUUGAUGGUCCAUCAAUGAAAGAUUGGAGAGGUGGAAGAGCUGCUUCUUUCAACAUCAUUCCUAGCAGCACUGGAGCUGCCAAGGCUGUGGGAAAAGUUCUUCCUGCGCUUAAUGGAAAACUUACGGGCAUGGCUUUCCGUGUUCCUACUGUCGAUGUGUCAGUGGUUGAUCUUACUGCCAGGCUGGAAAAGCCAGCCUCCUAUGACGAAAUCAAGGCUGCUAUUAAGGCCGAGGCUGAAGGAAGCCUGAAGGGAAUCUUGGGUUACACCGAGGAUGAUGUCGUGUCGACAGACUUUGUGGGUGACCAAAGGUCGAGCAUAUUUGAUGCGAAGGCUGGAAUUGCACUAAACAACAACUUUGUUAAGGUUGUGUCUUGGUAUGAUAAUGAAUGGGGAUAUAGCAACCGUGUUGUUGAUUUGAUCCGUCAUAUGUCCAAGUCUUAGAUGGGUCGGGUUGCAGUUGAAGAUUGGAAAUGCAUACGCGGGGGAUUGAUUUGGCUCCAUGGUUGUGGAGUUUUUAGGGAAUAAUUUGAGUUUUCAUGUCAUGUAACGAUGAACUCUCUUCUUUGUGUUCUUUUUUCACAAUUUUGAGUAAAAAUCAGGGGUUUUGUUUUGGUAUCUCUAUUAUAAACAAUAUUCAAAAAGUUAUA